AUGGUGAUUCAUGUCAUUGAUAUGUUAAAUAGAAACAAACAAAGGUUAGAUAACGAAGCAUCAAAACGUGGAAGGUAUCAGAUAUCAUAUGUGUCCAAACUAGAAAAAAAUAUUUUGGAAGACGGUGAUUCUGACAAAAAUCAAAAACCGCUGAAAGACGUCGAUGAAUCCUCAGAUGAAGAAAAACUAGAAUAUGUAAAGCAUGAAGAACACGAUAAGGAUUCGCUCGUUUCAGACUUUAAUUCGGAACAUUGCAAAGCUGAAUUAGAUAUUGUUCAGUUUCGUGAAGAGAUAGCCAAUGUACCACUGUGUAAAGCGAAACAGCUGCAAGAAAAACUUGGGCAAAAGUUAUUUGAUAAAGCGUUUUUCGGUGAGAGUUCAAUAUGUAGCUCCAGUAAACAGACAGCGCGAAGGACCUUCACGCGCGAAAACUCCAAACGCCCACGAGAAGUUUCAUCGAAAAUUCCGGUAUCCAAGUUCAGGAACGUAUUUCAGAAUGAAAAGUUGGGACGACCGAUACUAGAUCCACGAUUUGAUGAUCGUUGUGGCGAAUUCAAUGAUUACAUCUAUCACAAUAAUUAUGAUUUUCUGAAUGAUAUUCGUCAACAAGAAAAGAAAAUAUUAAUCGAGGAAUUAAAAAGAGUGAAGCGAGAAGGUGGUGGUGAUCUAGACCAUUUGAAGGAAACGCUCAAAAACAUGAAAAACCGAGAAAAAACUAAAGAAGAUGUGGAACGUCGCAAACAAGUAAUACGUGAAAUACGUCACGAAAAUAUCGAGCGGAUGCAGAAAGGACUGCCUCCAAUUUACAAAACACGAGCUCAAAUUCGGCAACUUCUGUGGGAAAAAAAAUCUGAAGAACUGAAAGGUGGAAAGAAAUUGGAAAAAUAUCUGCAUCGCAGAGCGAAGAAAGAAAGCAAACGUCGUGGCGCAAAUAUAUCUGUUGGUCGUAUUAAUGAGAGAAUUUCAGAUGCAAGCGAUUGA